AUGCCGGCACGGCUCCCUUCUCGCUGGACACACUCGCUCGGGUGGUGUCUGUCCGAAAGCAACGCAUCGUCGCCAUGCCGAGCCUCGUCCUUUGUCUCUUCUCCUCCUCCCACGGCCUUGAGAUUAAGGCUAGCACAGCCUGUUGCCGGCUUCCACACAAGUACGAGCGCACAUGCAACCGCUGGUGCCGCGGGCGCGCCCAUGGGCAUCAAGCUCACUCUGCCCGCCGAUUACGUGCCACCCACACAGCCGCCAAGCGCGAAGAAGCCCGACAUCCGCAAGUCGCAGCUGCUGAGGUCGUACACGUCGCUUCUGCGCUCGACGCCGCUCAUCCUCAUGUUCCAGCACAACAACCUGACCGGUGCCGAGUGGUCUGCCCUGCGGCGGGAGCUGAGCUUGGCCCUCCGGAUAGUGGCCACGCAGCAGAAGCAGCUGGGCGUCGAGUGGCCCGACUCACUCGCAGACAACAUCCGCCUCAAUGUCAUCGGCACGCGCAUUUUCAGCGUGGCUAUGCGCAUCGCUGAAUUCUACGACCCGUCCACCGUCACAGCAGAGACUACGGCGGCCGUUGUCCGCGGCCGCGGCAAGAAGGGCGCCAUCUACAACCACGACCUGUCGGACGCCGCCUACGCGUCCAUCAAGGCGGCCGAGCAGGAUGGCAGGACGGGGCCCGAGUCUUCAGUGUACGGCCAGCUUAAGCCACUGCUUGUCGGCCCCAUGGCGCUGCUGACGUUCCCCGACGUGUCACCGGCACACCUCGCGGCUGCCCUGUCGGUCCUGUCGCCCAGCCCGCCCCAGUUCCCCGCCCCGACGCGCAAGAAGAGCCCGGGCUACUACGACCCGCUCGUCCAGAGCGCCGUUCAGAAGCUGCUCCUUGUAGGCGGCCAUAUCGAGAACCAGGCCUUUGACACGGACGGUGUGCGCUGGGUCGGCUCCAUCGAAGGCGGCCGUGCUGGCCUGCAAGCGCAGCUGGUGUCUCUUCUGCAGAGCGCGGGCCUGGGUUUGACAAGUGCGCUGGAAGGCGCCAGCAAGAGCCUGUGGCUAACGAUGGAGAGUCGCAAGACACAGCUGGAGGAUGGCACCAAGGACGACAAGGAGACAUAA